AUGGUUGAGCAAGUAUCGGCCUUCAAACUCCCACAGUCUGGUGAAGUCGCUUCAGACAACUUGUCUUCGGAGCAGACUUGUGGAUACUUCGCCGGCGAGAAAGAUGAAACCACGCAAAAUCUGAACGCAUUGCACAACUCGUUUGCCGCUGUCAACCAUCUUCCGAAUGAGCUGCUGGUGGAGAUUUUCUCCUAUGUCAACUGCGAUGACUCCAUGCAGUCGCACCACAUGCUUUUGAAUCUCACCAUGGUCUGUCACUACUGGCGCGAAGUCUCCAUCAUGGCGCCGAAGUUGUGGACUAAUAUCGAGAUCCCGAGCAAUCUUGAUUUACUGCGUCUACAGCUACAGCGUUCUUGCGAUGCGCCUGUGAAACUAUCCUACAAAGGAAUUGGGGGCAGACAUUUCGUGGACGACAACAGUGUGUGCCGACUUAUGGACAUGAUAUCUCCACAUGCGAGCCACAUCUAUUCAUUGCACCUCUCAGACUUCUUUGCCUGGUAUUCCGCUCCGUCAAGCUCCCCGGUGGAGAUGGUGCUUGCUGCGUUGGAUUUUCCCAUGCCGGAGUUAGAGGCCCUCAGUUUUGUCUUCGUCUCUACUCAAUCCGCGCCCGUUCCCUUCGAGCCCGCAAGUGACCAGUUUCCUCGCCUCCGAUCUCUAUCUCUUUCAGGAGUCUACAUUUUGUGGACGUCCGCGUUGCUUCAAAAUCUAGUUUUCUUGGCUAUUCAACUCCGCGAUGACAGUUUUGACCCGCAAGGACGACUGUACGACUCAGCUUCAAUGGAUACAGUCCUUAACGCACUGGAGGCUUGUCUUUCUUUGGAGGACUUGAAACUAAUCUGGUGCGGACCAAAGGUACCAGAUACAUCGAAUCCCGCUCGCUUUGUGUCUCUCCCGAGGCUCCAGAGGCUAUCUCUCGAAGAUAACGCUGACACGCUUUCCGCGCUGCUCAGCCAUCUUAUUAUACCUCCCCAGGCUACCAUCACCGCUGUUAUUGAUGGCCCGUUACCCAUGGGGUGGAGAGGAUCCCGGAUUGGAUCUAUCUCUCCCCAGGACGAUCCUCUCCGUGAUCCCACAAGACACAUCCCAUCUAACCAACUUGUCGGAGCGUAUGACAGCCCUGAUUGCUCUGAAUCGUCCGUACGCCUCGAGAUGCGAUGCAACUUCAUCUUCCCGGAUUGGAUGCCGGAGGAGUUGAAUCGAUUAAGUCUGCUCCCUAUAGCCACCCGCGAAUUCACGGAGCUGUUUGCGUCCAUCGGAGCUCCUGUGAGCACCCUGCGCGUCUUUGGCUUCCUGGGCUUCAUGCGCGAGAGGGACUGGGUAGACGCAUUGGCCUGCUUUCCGCACUUGAAGCAUUUGGGCGUUGGCUACGCGGGCAAUGUGUGUGCGCUGUUCCAUGCCCUGGACAUACGAAUGCCCCCUCGGCCACCGCGUGUCGUCUGCCCGCAUCUACAGGUGCUGGAUUUGGACCUUGUGAAUACUUCAGCUUCGUUCGGGCAGCACUCUGCUGGGGCUCUGCUAGCGUGUCUGCGCUCGCGUGCGAGGGUAGGGGCUCGGUUGAAGCGGUUACGGCUUAAGGGCUUCGACGCAAUUUUGUACCACAGGAUCAGGAAGAUGAUGAAGCACUUGGUGGACAAAUUCAGCUUUGUCGCUGAUCCAGGCUGUUGA